GGAUAAGAGGCAGUCAAGUUCUGACCUCCCUUCGUGCUUGCCCCCAAUACGCAGUGAGACAUCGGCGCGUUUAAUCCGAGCAGAGUCGGGAAGCAUGACGGACACGGAGCACCCAUUCCCUGUUCACCACUCAAUCGCGGCCCUCCCGCCCGACUCCAGGAUCAGACAGAUAUACCCUGAGGAUUUCUUCCCUAAUGGCGGCUACGUCCAGCUCCCGUAUGGCCGUACACGCUACUGGCUGCUAGGUCCCGAGGACGGCGUGAAGGUCGUCCUGAUCCACGGUCUCUCGACUCCGGGCGUGACCUGGAAGCACUUCGGGCCUUACCUCGCUGAGCGUGGGUUCAGGGUCCUGGUCUAUGACCUCUACGGGAAGGGCUACAGCGACGCGCCGAAGACGGCGUAUCAUGCCAACAUCUUCUGGGAGCAUGCCCAUAUCGCCGGGUUCUCCAUGGGAGGCGGUAUUACAGCUGCCUUCGCGGCCACAUUACCGCACUUGGUCUCGGGCAAGAUUGUAUUGAUGGCUUCUGCCGGAGUUCACGAGUCGCGCCUGCAGCCCCUGCAAGUCAGCAGCCCCAUUCCCCAGUAUCAAGAGCUCAUCAAGCUGCAGCACGAACUGCUCCCCGGCUACGCGGAGGGCGGCACGCUCGAUCCUUUGGUUGCGUACGCGGACGCGCUGGAGAUCAAUAAACGGAUCCCGCACGCGCAGUUGAUCACCAUUGAGGGCGCGGGGCAUGACUUUCCCAUCCACGAGAAGUACUGGGAGGUGGCUGUGAAGAAUAUCGCAGCGUUCCUCAGUACGUGAAUGUAGGUCUCAGCCUAAAGCUAUGUGUCUUAAGCUUCAUUAUGAUUGUACGAUAUGCCCAAAUGUGAAGAUUAUGUGCUGUAUGUAGCGACUCUAAAUGCAACAAGAUGGUACUACAUUAU